AUGUCAUCUACGCCCCGACUAUUCCAGAUGACCGGGACCUGCAAUAACUAUCCAUGGGGGAAAAAAGGACGGGAGUCGCUCGCGGCGAGACUCCGAGCCAAGACACCCUCCCACACCGACCUUACCAUUCAGCACGACGAGGCCUACUCUGAGCUGUGGUUUGGCGAUUACCCGGACUAUCCAGCCAGGGUCGUUGAAUCUGGUCGUCCGCUGGCAGAAGUAAUUGCAAACGACAGAGAGGGGCUCCUUGGUUCCGACUCGGUUCAACGAUUUGGUGAGAACAUGCCGUUUCUUCCCAAGGAUCAGAUUCUCUCCAUAGCCAAGGCUCUUCCUCUGCAGACGCACCCCAACAAAUCCCUCGCUGCGAAGCUUCAUCAGUUACACCCGGACAAGUUUCCUGACGCCAACCACAAGCCGGAAAUCGCGGUUGCAUUAUCCAGGUUCGAGCUAUUUGCGGGCUGGAAGGAGAUUGACCAAAUCUCGCCGCUGUUCAACCUGCCCAGUCUGCGGCAAUUCGUGCCCGAGGGAACCCGGGAAUGGGACGCGGAAACCUUGAGAAACGUCGUCCGCGGUCUUCUCAAGGCAGACGAACAAACUGUGCAGACCAUCGGGGAAGACCUCAAACAGCAAUCCGACCACGACCUGAACAAGCUCGAUUUCAGGCAAUCCGUGGCAGACUUGGUCCUGCGCUUGCAGAGCCAGCAUUCUGCUAUCUACUUGUCGGGGGAUAUUCUCGAGUGUAUGGCUCGGUCCAACAACAUGCUCUGCGGAGGGCUCUACCCAGUCGCAGACCGCGACGACAUUGACCUCUUCUGCGACAGCCUCUUGAUGGAUGCCACCACGGGCGUCAACAACCUACGGCUCGAGGGGAAACGGAGCAGUGACGGUGCUCGGGGCCACACAACCAUCUACCAACCGCCCAUCAGCGAAUUCGACGUGCUUCGGGUGGACUUGGCGGCAGGGCAGGAGGAAAUCUUGAAGAGGUUCAAGGGUCCGAUGGUGGCCAUGGUCAUAUCUGGACAAGGCAAGAUAGUGGGAGACGGCAAGGAGCUGGAAGCCAAGGAGGGCUUUAUCUUCUUUGUCGGUGCAGGGACAACAUGCACGCUCCGUGCACAUGUCUCGCUGCAGGUAUUUGCUGCGGUUGUACGAUGA